AUGCCACCCGAAUGGCAGCGCUGGUUCGACAGCCGUCUCGCCGCGCUCCACGCGCACUCCCUUCUCCGCCGCCUCCGCCCCAUCGACCUUAUCCGCGCGCCAUUUCCGCUUCCACCCGCGCUGGUUCCCCCCGGCGCGUCGCAAUCUCCUGGGGGACCGGCGGAAGCCUUUUCGCGGCCAGGGGUAUGGGGGGUUGGCGCACGGGACGGGGGGAAUGGGGGGAAGGCACGUGCAGGGGAGGAAACGGAUGAGGAUUUAGUUGAAGCGCCAUGGUGGGAUGUGGCUGCAGUGGAGGUUCUUAUAUCGGAAGAGGCGUUUCAGCGAUGGCUUGACGAACCAGCAGGAGACGGCGGGCAGUUGUUUCCUUCACCCUCUAUACAGUCACACGGAACACCUGACCUUCUACCGUCCGCGAUUUCCGCGACUUCCAAGCCUUCCCCUUCCCCUCACCCUUCCGCUUCCCCUCACCCUUCCCCCUCCCUUCAUCCGCCCUCCGCCAAUGGUAAUCCCCGCGCCUCCCCCCGCCGUCUAGUCCUCUUCUCCGCUAACGACUAUCUCGGCCUCGCCUCUCACCCGCGCGUCCGCGCUGCUGCCGCCAGGGCAGCAUGGCAGCAGGGCAUGGGACCGCGGGCGUCUGCCCUGGUAACCGGUUACACGACGGAGCAUGAGGGACUGGAGAAUGAUAUAGCACGGCUCAAAGGAACAGAGGCAUGUCUGCUCUGCCCUACCGGCUUUGCUGCCAAUCUUGCUGUUCUCGCGUCUCUAGCUCCUGUCCCUCGCGCCAAGGGCAAGGACAGCAGCGAUAGUAUGGAUGGCAGUGACAGCAAUAACAGGAGGGAGAAUGGGGCCAUUGCUGCUGCUGCUGAAUGUGCGUCACGGAGUGACAAUAGUAGCAAUAGCAGCAGCAGCAGCAGCAGCAGCAGCAGCAGCAGCAGCAGCAGCAGCUUUAGAGGCAGUGGUGGUGGGAGGAGUGUGAGCCACGGGCAGAGACGAACGGAGAGGGUAGAGGAAGGCCGUGUAGGCAAUUCUGUGGGAGACUCCUUGGCAGUAUUCUCAGAUGAGCUGAACCAUGCGUCUAUCAUUGAUGCCUUGCGGCUGCUGCUGCCGCGCACAGAGAAGGGUGGCAUCAGCAACACCACGGAGAGGCGUGCUCAUGCUGGUGGAGCUGUGGCUUUGCAUGUGUAUCGACACAACGACAUGGCACAUCUGGAUGAGCUGCUCACCGCAUCUUCUGCUUCCAGAAAGUUAGUCGUCUCUGACAGUCUCUUCAGUAUGGAUGGGGACUUUGCUCCUCUGCCUGCCCUCGCGGCUCUCAAGGCCAAGCACGGCUUCCUGCUCGUGCUUGAUGAGGCGCAUGCGACUCUGGUGUGUGGCAGCAGGGGCGGGGGAGCAGCGGAGGAGAUGGGGGUGAAGGGCGCAGUGGAUGUGCACGUGGGCACACUCAGCAAGGCCGUGGGCUGCUUGGGGGGCUACAUCGCUUGCUCGUACCCCCCGCUUCCUGUACACUCCCUCUCCCGCAUCAACUCUUUCACCCCUACCCACCCAACCCCUCCCCUGCCGUUUUCCCUUGUGGGUCUUCAUUGCUCGCCCUGCGUUUUGCACGCACCGCUCACCUUCAUCACAGCGCUCCCCUGCGGGACUUCUUUGCGUCACGAGGCCGCUCUUUCAUCUUCUCUAUUCUGUCCCACCCCUGUCUCCUACCUGUACCUCCCAACCACACUGUGUUGCACGCUCCCUCACCCCAGCGCUCCUCUGCGGAGCUUCUUUGCGUCACGAGGCCGCUCUUUCAUCUUCUCCACUGCUCUGCCUGUGCCCGUGGUCGCUGCUGCCAGAGCGGCUCUAGCAGUGGCAGCAGAGGAGCAGUGGAGGCAGAGGGCCGUGUGGCAGCGAGUGAAGCAGCUGGGGGAAGGCCUGGGGGUGACCUUCACAAGCCCCAUCUGCCCCAUAGUGCUUGGCUCAGCUGACCUCGCUUUGCAAGCCAGCAGGCAUCUCCUGCUUUCUGGUUUCCACGUGCCUGCUAUUCGCCCUCCCACUGUUGCUCCUGGCUCCUCACGCCUGCGAGUGGCCCUAUCAGCCUCGCACACACCUGCCCAUGUGAAUGCACUCAUCACGGCACUACGACCCAUCCUCGCCCUCUCUCGCUCCCACUCCCGCACAACCCUUCAACGCACCGUACCCCCCGCGUUCCCUUCUCCUUCUCCCUCUCCCCCUCCUUCCUCCUCACCUGGACUGCUGCAAGCACACUGCAAGCAGCAGCAGCAGCUGAGGGAAGGGCAGGAGUGGUGGGAAGGGCCGCAGAGGCAUGCGAGGUCUACGCUCCGAGCUCGCCAUGGAAAAGACUUCGAGAGCUUCAAAGUGAAGCACGGCGCCUCCCUUGGCGAUCACUCACCAUCACCACCAAAGGCGCUUCUUGUUGAAACGAGACGCACUCAAGUCAAGCUCGCCGAUUGGCGAUCACUCACCGUCGCCGCGAGAGGAGCUUCAUCGCCGUUUGAGAUCCGAAGUGGCGAGGACCUGAAGUUCUUCUUAAUACUAAUCCUUUCUUUCCUUCUUCUUGUCAGACCUAAGCCAUGCCGGAAGCGGAUAGGAGCUUCCACCGUCGCAUUCGUCUUCAUGACGGAAGCACUCAAGCAUAACUGGAAGAACGCCUCCAACGGGUUUCAAGCCCGUCACCAAGUGUUCGCCAACCGUCGCAAUUGGCAGACUUCUGGACUCGGCUGGGGCCUUGGCGACCUCAUCGGCGACCGUCUCAAGCUCACAAGAUGGCUCGAGGCGCUACGGAAGGUUUCAAGCCCUGGCGCAGCUACGGAUGCAUUCAAGGUCGACUCGCCGACCGUCGUCAAUGGCCGACUUGUCUCUAAUGACCUCGGCGACCUUCUUGGCGACAGUCAUGGCGACCCUCUCAUUAUCGCCGUCGCCGUCGCCGUUGCUCCUGACGCCAACAGCAGCGAAGUAGAGAAGCUGACCGUGCGCCAACGGCGACGCACGGGCGCGACUCACGGAUGGCUGGCGGGGAUGGGGACGCAUGACGUGACGACGCGCUUGGCGACGCUUCGGUUCGCUACAAGCUGCGCCUCGCUGCGGUUGAGAGGGCCUCACGGCCGCACGGCGACGCUUCUCGCGGGCGGACGGCGAGUUUCGCGGGCGGACGACGCGUCUCCCGGACGGAUUGCGCGUUUCGCGAGUGGAAGGCGCGUUUUGCAGGCGGAAGGCGCGAUUCCUGGGCGGAUGGCGCGUUUUCCCGGGCGGAUGGCGCGUUUCCCGGGUGGAUUGCGCGUUUCGCGAGUGGAAGGCGCGUUUUCCCGGGCGGAUAGCGCAGAAGCGGCUCUUUCGCAGGAGAGUGGGGAACGGGAGUCAACGGUUGCGGCGGGAGUUCAAGCUACCACGACUUCCUCUCUCUUUCGCAGGAGAGUGGGGAACGGGAGUCAACGGUUGCGGCGGGAGUUCAAGCUACCACGACUUCCUCUCUCUUUCGCAGGAGAGUGGGGAACGGGAGUCAACGGUUGCGGCGGGAGUUCAAGCUACCACGACUUCCUCUCUCUUUCGCAGGAGAGUGGGGAACGGGAGUCAACGGUUGCGGCGGGAGUUCAAGCUACCACGACUUCCUCUCUCUUUGAAACGCAGGAGAGUGGGGAACGGGAGUCAACGGUUGCGGCGGGAGUUCAAGCUACCACGGGGGACUUCCUAAGAGUGGCUUGGGGACGAGACAGCAGCGCUGGGGAAGACGCGGGAGGUCAACAACGCUGGAAUUGCGCGGAACGCGGAGCGCGGAGCAACGGCGCUGGCAUUUUGCGGCCGCCAUCAUUUCACGCCUUUCCCCUCCUUUCCUCCAGUGCCCCAUCGCAUGCCGUCCCUCUUGCGCGCAUCCCCCCUUGCGCGCAUCCCUCCCUUGCGCGCAUCCCCCCUUGCGCGCAUCCCUCCCUUGCGCGCAUCCCUCUCUUGCGCGCAUCCCUCCCUUGCGCGCAUCCCUCUCUUGCGCGCAUCCCUCCCCUGCGCGCAUCCCUCCCUUGCGUCACCGCUCAUACUCCUGCGCUGAUCCGUUCCCUUCCCCCUCGCGCUGAUCCUUUUUCCGCCUUGCGCUCACCUCUUAUCCCCCCACCGUUCAUCCCUCGUCCAUCCUUGCCACUCAUCCCCCCUGCACUUGUCCUGUAUUCCCCUUGCUCCCAUCAUUCCCCCCUGUGCUCCCUCCUUCCCCCCCCUCCGCUCAUCUCCUAUUCCCAUUGUGUUCAUCCCUCAUUCCCUCUGCACUCCCUCAUUCCCCUGUACUCAACCUUUCCCCCUGCUCAUCCCUCCCCUCCCCUCACCCUUCCCCCAUGCCCUCAUACCUUUCCCAUUCUCUCGUCCCUUCCCCAUUCCCUCAUCCCUCCCCCCUCCGCUCAUCCCUCCUUUGUCUUGUGCUAG